CAAAAUCGCGUCUAAAAAGUGCCACUGCGCAUACCCGUGAUGCUCCUUCUCCUUGUCUUAUGUUGUCUGAAAAUCGGUGCAACAACAAAGUCACAAACGCAGCUAUUAAGAAUUGGUGGUUUAUUCCACGACAAAGAUGACGAACAGGCCUUCCACAUCGCCGCCAAGAUGGUCAACAGGAAGUACCCUACCGGACCCUUCCGACUCGUUCCGGAAAGCUUUCUAGUUUCAAAGCACAACGCUUUUACUAGUUACAGUCGAACUUGCAGCUUUUUGCACAAAGGCACAGUUGCGAUUUUCGGUCCCAGUUCAAUUCAUUCGUCGUCGUACAUUCAAACUCUUCUGGAUCGCAAAGAAAUCCCUCAUGUGGAGACCCAUUGGGACCGGAAGCUCCUCAGACACAACUGUUUGCUAAAUCUUCACCCUCAUCCCUCGAUUCUAACCCAAGCUUUUCUGGACGUGGUACGCACCUGGAAUUGGAAGAACGUGGUUUUGAUUUACGAUAGUGAGGAAAGUUUGGCCAGGAUGAGUCCUUUCGUGUCUUCGUUUAGGCGCUGGGUCACCCUCAGGAGGAUUGAUUUGGACCACUUUGGUACUUAUCGAAGUUCUCUGACAAGUAUUAAAAUGACCGGUGCCACUAAUUUCAUCAUUGAGUGCUCCAUCGAAGUUCUAGAAGAAGUUCUAAAGCAAGCGCAACAAGUUGGAAUGAUGACGGAACGCCACAACUACAUGAUCACCAAUCUAGAUCUACAAACCAUAGAUCUAGCGGCUUUUCAGUUUUCGGGAACGAACAUCACAGGAUUUAGGGUGGUCAAUCCUGAAGACGAGUUCGUGGUUGGGGUUGCUGAAAAGAUCUACGGGAAAAGCUACAACGGGAUGCCACCAGGGUGGAGAUUAAGACUAAAAACGGCUUUAAUAGUAGAUGCCGUUGAUUUGUUUUACGAAACGGUACUAGAUUUAACUGUGUCGGAACAGGUCGUGAUUAAAGGGUACCCACUGAAGUGUAAUGGUACUACAAACUGGAGAAGUGGUCACACGAUUGUCAACUACAUGAAAGGGAAGAGCAUUUUAGGCCUCACCGGGAUUGUCCAUUUUGACGUGGAAGGUUUCCGAAGAGACUUUGUUCUAGAUGUUUUGGAACUUACCACAGGAGGGUUGGUCAAAGCUGGUUCAUGGUUCCCAAAUGCUGGAAUCACGGUUACCAGAACUCCACCACCAGUCAUACAGACUGAAGACAAUAGUUUAACCAAUAAAACAUUCACUGUCAUCACUUGUUUGACGACACCCUAUGGAAUGCUGAAAGAAACCACGUCUCGUCUGGAAGGAAAUGAUAGGUUUGAGGGUUUCGGGAUUGACUUAAUAGACGAACUGUCCAAAAUGCUGGGGUUCAAUUACACCAUCAUCAUCCAGGAAGAUGGUUACAAUGGUAACUAUAAUUUUACCACGAACGAGUGGAAUGGUCUCAUCGGUGCCAUUGUUACUGGGAAAGCCGAGUUAGCCAUCGCCGACUUAACAGUGACCGCAGAACGCGAAAGCGCCGUCGACUUCACCCUCCAAUUCAUGAACCUUGGUAUCUCCAUCCUGUACAAAAAACCCAAACCCGUCCCUCCCAGUCUCUUCAUGUUCGUCUCCCCUUUCUCCUACACCGUCUGGAUCCUCCUCCUGGUGACCUACUUCGUCGUGUCGUUGUGCUUCUUCGUCAUGGGACGACUGUGCCCGAGCGAGUGGACCAACCCCUACCCCUGUAUCGACGAACCCGAGUACCUCAUCAACCAGUUCAGUAUCCGAAACAGCUUAUGGUUCACAAUUGGAAGCUUGAUGCAACAAGGAACCGAAAUCGCCCCAAUAGGAAUAUCGACCAGAACAGCCGCCGGAGUUUGGUGGUUCUUCACCCUGAUCAUGGUAUCGUCGUACACUGCAAACUUAGCCGCCUUUUUGACAGUGGAGACGUUCGUCACGCCUUUCAGCAACGUCAAAGAGUUGUCGGAGCAAACCGAAAUCAAGUAUGGAGCGAAAAGGGGAGGGGCAACUGCAAACUUUUUCAAAAAUUCGGGCAAUGACAGCGUUCGUACGAAAAUCUGGAGCUUUAUGGCCACUCAUGACAACCAGAUGACCGAAAGUAAUGACGAAGGGGUGGAGCGUACCAAAAAUGAGCACUACGCCUUCUUCAUGGAGUCAACAACUAUAGAGUACGUCGUUGAACGACAGUGUUCUUUAGCUAGUGUGGGGCAACCUUUAGACGACAAAGGUUACGCUAUCGCAAUGAAAAAAAAUUCGUCGUACCGGAAUGACUUAAGUGCCGCCAUUUUGAAGUUGCAAGAAACUGGGAGGAUUUCAAGGUUGAAGGAGAAGUGGUGGAAGGAGAAGCGGGGUGCUAGUAAUUGUGGGGCUCAGGGGGAAGAAAGCGCCGCCACCCCUUUGAAUCUUCAGAAUGUUGGUGGUGUUUUCCUGGUGCUCUUUCUGGGUACUGUGUUGGGUUUUAUUAUAUCGGUGGUGGAGCUGGGGAUUAGAGUUUAUUCCAAGACGAAGGGUGUGGGGUGUUUCAAGACGGAGUUUAAGAAGGAGAUGAGGUUUUUUGUGCAGUUUAAGCGGAAUGUGAAGGAUGUGUUGAGGAGGGGGUCGCAGGAAGGGUAGUAGGUGGAAGUGGUACUGAAGGGACCAAUCAGUGUGCUUAAUUUGAGUUAUGAUCU